UAAGAGGGUGUGCUGUUGUAUAUAAACAAGGCAGCAGGAUCCUCCACUAUCAACACACCAAGAAGAUCUCUCCUGAGAAACCAUAAGAGAUUAAACCAUAAUUCACCAUGAGGAUGCUGGCAUUUCCUGUUCUUCUCUGCCUAUCAAUUUCUCUUUCAUGGGCAGCAACCAUCCCUGUGGAAGAAGACACUGAGGUUGUCCCUGAGGAAACUCUGUAUAACAACACUGAGAUUGUAGGUGGAAAUGAAGAUGAAGUUCUCCCAGAGAGUCGCUUUCUUUACUGUCCCCCUGGCUGGUUCAUGUCUGGCACACGUUGUGUCCUGUAUGUGAGCUCCCCAAAGACCUGGAUCAAUGCUGAGAAAUACUGUGUGAACCAGAACGCGGCAUUAGCCUCAGUGCAGAGCCCAGAUGAUUACCACUUCCUGCAGAGUCUGUCUCAAGUGGCAGGCAGAUCUUCAGCUUGGAUUGGUGGUUUCUAUUUUCAGGGUUCGUGGAUGUGGAUUGACAGAGUAGGCUUUCAUUACACAAACUGGGCAUCCCAAAACAGUGUAUCAAGCUAUCAGUGCAUUCAGAUGCAGACCUUGGGUGGCUGGACAAAUGUAAACUGUGGAUCAUCAUUGCCAUUCUUUUGUGCAAGGAACCCUAAUGGUUGUUAAUGCCUGUUUAAAAUUGUGUGUGUAUGUUUAAAAUUGUGUGUGUUUGUGACAUUGGAAGGGCUUUUCCCAUUUUGAAUAUUAUUAUGUGAAAGCAUUUACUUUGUGUUAUAAAGUAGCUCUUUUUUGAGUGCACCUAAUGUUUACUAAUUGGUGUUCAUAUAAUUGAAAAAUAGUGUGAUCAUAAAAUAAAUACCUCUUUUGUUGAUUAUCUUA